AUGAACUCCACAUCGAACAGCAGUCUGAGCAACACUUUUAUUAUGAAAUCACUAAAAGAGAAGGCUUUGCUGGUGCAGGUGCUGGUUGGGAUUCUUCUGUAUGUUAAUGGACUGAUGAUUUUCACCUUUCUGAAAAAGGAGACCUUCAGGGACACACGCUACAUUCUGUUUGCUCAGACUCUUUUUGUUGAUUCUUCUUUUAUGAUAUUUGCUGAUUUAACCCUUCUAUGCUCUGCUUACCAACUGAUCAUUCACAACAUUUCUUGCUAUGUGUUCUGUACAGUCAUGUCUGUGCUCAGUAUUUGUUCUCCGGUGACUCUUGUAGCCAUGUGUUUGGAGCGCUAUGUGGCCAUAUGUUUGCCUUUAAGACAUGCCAGCAUCUCCAGCCCCAAAAACAUCAUCAAUGGGCUUCUCAUCGUAUGGGGUGUCAGUAGUGUCAUCCCACUGUUUGUUUUCAUUGGCUCUUUUGCUUAUACUCCUCCUAAUGCCAUGAACUCAUAUGUUGUGUGUAGUAUUGAGGUCAUGUUACAAGUGAAAUGGCUGGCAGACACGAGAGCGACAAGUCAACAGCUCUUAUUCGUCAUAAUGUUGUGUAUUGUUGGCUCUACUUACAUCAAGAUUAUGAUCGCAGCCAGAUCAGCCUCAGCCACGAACAAGAAGUCAACAUAUAAGGGUCUCAGAACUGUUAUUCUCCAUGGCAUUCAGCUGAUUCUGGGUAUGAUGCAGUUUAUAACACCAUACACUGAAAUGUCUUUAUGGAAAAUAGAUGUCAUGCUGUUUUUAAAUGUAAGAUAUUCAAAUUUCAUCUUGUUUUGGAUUUUGCCUCGUAGCCUGAGUCCAUUAGUAUAUGGACUACGAGACAAAAAGUUUUAUUAUGCUCUUAAAUAUUAUGCCUUUUGUGGGGUUUUUGUGGUUAGUAAGCAUAAAGUACGAGAUAUUAAAAUCUCCCGAAGGAAAAGAUGUUAA